AUGUUCACAGUUAAGUCAACUUGUGAGAUAGUGAAAAGCAAACAGGAACCUAGAAGAGACUUUGAGGUACUCUGGAAUAAAGGACUGCCCUUUAAGAUUAAUUUCUUUCUGUGGAGAGUCUGGAAGAGGAAGAUUGCCACCGAUGACAAUCUUAAGAAGAUGAGAAUCAACAUAGCUUCCAGAUGUUGGUGCUGUGACAGGAAAGAGAAGGAAACAAUGACUCAUUUAUUCCUAAUAGCCCCAAUAGCCAACAUGCUAUGGAGAUAUUUUUCUCUUUUUGCAGGAAUCAACAUAGAAGGAAUGCGUCUACAACAACUCAUAAUCUCUUGGUGGAAACAGAAGGCAAUACCAAAAUUGCAGAGCAUAUAUAGAGCAAUUCCAACCAUCAUCAUGUGGAGUUUAUGGAAGAGAAGGAAUGCCCUCAAACAUGGCAGUGGAAUCAGCUGGGAAGGAAUGGUGGAAAUGACAAUUGAAGUGGUCAGAGGUAACCCAGGUUGGAGCUCUUUUGGAUUUUGUUUUAGAGAUAAUAAAGGAGAUCUAAUAUAUGCCAAAGCCAAGGGUAUUGGCAUUGCAACAAAUAUGCAAGCAGAAACUGUUGCUAUCCUAAUAGCUCUUAGAGAGUGUUUUAGCAGAAGAAUUCAGAAUGUAAUUAUUGAGACUGACUCUCUCAGUCUCAAGAAAAUCAUUUAG